AAUCAAAUUCAGAAGUUGAGGUCGAUUGUGCCACAGGUAACCUUACCUCCUCUCCCUUCCAAAAAUAGAAUAGAAAGAUGAGCACCGGCGGAGAGAAAGGCGGCGGUGGGGCGGUGAAAACGCCGGCAGAUUUUCUCAAAUCGAUCCGAGGGCGACCGGUCGUCGUCAAGCUCAACUCUGGAGUCGAUUACAGAGGUAUUCUAGCUUGUUUAGAUGGGUACAUGAACAUUGCAAUGGAGCAAACAGAGGAGUACGUCAAUGGUCAGCUGAAGAACAAGUACGGCGAUGCAUUCAUCAGAGGCAAUAACGUUCUGUACAUCAGCACUUCAAAGAGGACUCUUGCCGACGGUGCCUGACAAUGCUAAAGUGUUCUCCUGUUGGAAUGAUGGCAAGCAGUUUUAAAUGCUCUGCUGGUAGCAUAGCGAAACUCUGUACUUCUUCAUCUUUGUUUAAUCAAAUUCUCUUGAGAGUUGGUAUCGAAAUGCAUUUAUCAGGUUGCUGAUUUUAUUAAAACUUUGUACUCUCAUUAUCGAACAUCUUUGUGUAUGAUGCUAUUUUGAGGCUAUGAUGGUGUACUCACUCUUAUUCAUUA